UUGUUUUUGUUUUGUUUUGAUUUGUUUAAUUCUGACCGAAAAAAUCUUUAUCUUUCGUAAAAUUUUCAACAAAAACCCGAGAAAAUCAUGGAUCAAUUAAGAAAAGAACGUGAAUUGUUUAUGAAAAAAGCAUUUGCAUUGCCUGUGGUGGAAAAACGUAAACAACAAGAUGAUAAUAAUGAUAAAAAUAAUGAUACAUCAUCAUCAGCUAAAAGAAAACGAUUUGAAUCAUCAUCGGCUAGUUCAAGAGAUUUUUUCCCAACAAAAUCAUCCGUACCAUUGCAUAAUUUUUCCAUUCUAACAAAGAUAGUUAAUUCAAUGAAAGAUCGUUAUCUAAAUGGUGAUUCUGAAGCAUUAACAUUCGAUGAAUUAUUGGAUGAAACAAAUCAAUUAGAUUUAAGUCCCCGACAAAAACAAUGGUUAUUAACCGAAGCAUUACCAGAUAAUCCACGUAUCAAUAUUAAUGAUAAUGGUAAAUAUUCAUAUAAACCAAUAUUUAAUAUAAGAGAUCGUAAAUCAUUGAUAAGAUUAUUGGAAAAAUAUGAUUCACGUGGUUUGGGUGCAAUAUCCUAUGAAGAUAUUAAAGAAUCAUUACCAAAUGCUGAUAGAAUUAUAAAAUUUUUAUCGGAAAAAAAUCAAUUAAUUGUAAUCACUAGGCCGGUUGAUAAGAAAAAAAUAUUAUUUAUUAAUAAUUUAUCAUUAAGUUUCAAUGUUGAUGAAGAAUUUCAAAAAGCAUGGCGUUCAAUAGCAGUGGAAGGAAUGGAUGAAACAAAAAUUGAAGAAUAUCUUAAAAAUCAUGGCAUAAGCUCAAUGCAAGAUAUGAAUAUACGUAAAACAAUACCAAUACAAAAACGUAAAGAUAAUAAAAAACGUAAAUCAAAUUUCCGUAAAUUAAAUAAUCAUUUGGAUGGUUUAUUGGAAGAUUAUAGUGAUAAACAGUCAUAAAAUAUGUUUGUUUUUUUUCGAAAUAUCUUCCUGU